UACUCCGGCGGACCCCUCCCCCAAAUUACCCAAAUUGCCGCCCUCCUCCUCCCCCUCCGCCUCCGGCGUCGCCCCGCCGGCACGCCGUGACCCACCAUGUCCAUGGACGACUGCUUCAUCCCGCUCCCCUCCCCACUCCAUGACCGCUGGCGGUGCGGCUCUCCCCCCUGCCUCUCCCAGCUAGAUCUGGACGACCGCGCGGCCGCCGGUUCUGCCUCGCAUGGCGUCCCCAGACGCAUCCUGCGGAGCCCUAACCGCCCACUCGCCGUCCCCCCGAGGCGCCCCCCUCCUCCCCUCGAUCCGCUGCCUAAGUAUAAGGGGAAUUCGCUGCAUGCCUUCCCAGAGGAGGAGCCAAAGCAACACCAAGUCACAGUUUCACGUGCCGCUUCUAAGGGGAGAUAUGCAAGGUUUAAAGAAAAUUUGAAUGCCAAGGCAGAGGAGACAAAGCAACACCACCAUCAAGUUCCCGUCUCAUGCGCCGCUUCAAAAGGGAGGAAUCGAGCUGGUUGGAUGUCCCAGGAGAGAAGCACUCCUGAAGGUAUCAACAUGAAGGAACAUGGUUGGAGGUUUCGGUUCCCCUUCCCCGAACUCCCCAAGUCGACUUACCGUGGUGACUUGAACUCCCUUGGAAAGCCAGUUGUAAUGAAACAGAGGAAACCUCUGGAGGUGAGGAACGCUCGCCGUGAAAGAAGAGUCGCGGCCAAACAAAAGGCUGCGCGCUACCAUGCGGAGGUUGCCCUGCGUAAAUACAACAGAGCAAACAACACCAAGUUUGAGCUGGUGGAGGUAAAAGUGAUAUCUAUAUUCUCCGAGUUUGGAGGGGCCGGGGCCCAUUAUAACUUCACAGCUAAGCAGCCUGAGGACCAGCAUUCUGCUGAUGCCGACAGUACCAAGCUAUUCUUCUCUGAAGUCGACCUCUAUUUUCGGAGUGAGAAUGAUGUGAUCAUGUGCUGUAUAGUUGGGGAAAAUGACGCAGGCCAUUGCUAUGGAUGCAAAAACUACCAGCCUGUUAUUCACCCAAGCAGCGAAGCAUACGGGGGCGGUAGCAGUACUUGUAUUGACUACCCUUAUCCGGACAGCGAAAGCUCAGACAGUGAUUAGUAACGUACCAGUUGAAGCUUGGUGGGCGGUGGCUAGUGAUGACUUGUGUGGCCAGUCUUCUCUAGUGUGUCUUGUCUUGCCCUUGUGAGAGCAUCUAUCGCAGGGAUUAGAUGAAGUUGAGAGACAUGUCUUGUUGUCUUGGUUUGGGUGAAUAUAUACUGCAUUUUGAGCUUCAGAUAUGUGUGAUGGGUUGGGAAACCUGAGUUUUAAUUGAAUGUUGUCAUGCCAUCCGACAAUGUCAUAAUUUGCCCUUGCAUUUCGAUUACACUUGGAACUUAUUUUGUUGA